AUGAUGAAAUUUACUUCUUUUAUGAAGAAAAUUUUUAUCUUUAAAGUAAUCAUUUCUGUUUUGAAUAAGUAUGUAAAAAGGGAAGCCCGUGAUUUUUCCUUUUUUAUAUAUUCGUUAAAAAUAAAAGGUUCUCAAAAUGCAAAUUUUAACAACGGCGAUGAAUACAGGGGAGACACGAAUAGCGGUGGUGGGGGGAGAGAAAACGUGAAUGGGUCUGUUACAAACGCUGAAGGGGAUAAUACGAGCAGCACUACCGCUACUACUGACGGUAGUGCUGCUGGAAGCGACAUCUCUAUCAUCAGCAGUGCCAACAAAAUAAUGAACAUAAGCCAGCUAAAUGAAACCAUCUCCAACUUUUUUUCAAACGCUCUGGCGGAAGCAAUUAGAAACAUACAGGAUAAAGAAAAACACCAAGAUGACCAGAAAAAGGAAGAUGAAAAGGUGAAAAAUAAAAGAAUACCAAUAGUACAUACCUCCAUCGAUGAUAUUAAAAGAUUUUCCCAUGUGAAGGGAAAAUUGAAAUUGAUCUACGUCAGAUCGUUCUACGAUAAUGAUGGUGAUGAUAAUAAGAAUCUGAAAGAGUUAUAUGAGGCAAAGUUCCAAUUUUACAAAGACAAAGUAAUUUAUGUUACGACCUUUGCUUUGGUAAAAAAUUCCCUAACGAACCAUGUUAACCAAACAGAAAAAUGGUUCAAUGCUUCGAUGAAGCUUCUACAAAAAAAUUAUUAUAAUAUAUCCGUAAGGUGUAGUCCCAUAAUGGAAACAUCCUAUGGAACCAUUUCAUUUAGCGCUGAGGAACUCAAGCGGUUUGAAGCAUUAAGAAAGGCACUGAAAAAAAGGGUAAACAUAACACAUGAUAAUCUUUUUUACAACUUGGAUACAUUUCAGAGUGCCAAGAGGAAAUACCUCCAGCAGAUCAAUUACAGUUCUGUGGAUCCCAAUUUUAUGAGCAGUGUAGAUGCAAAGGAUGGCAAUCCAAAUGUUAAGGAUGCUUCCAUUCUAGAGGAGGAUCUUCUGAACAGUUUAGGUCCUUUCGACAGAAUGAAGUAUGUAUCCCACAGGAGAGUCAAAAAUAGUCAUAAGAUACUGUGUAGCCUUGAGAAAGACUUUAAGAAGGUAGAAGACCGAUUCAUGGUGUACAAUUUGAUACGAGACAACAUAAUCGAAUCGGAAGAAACCACCGACGUGAUCAUUUUUGAGACCAGUAACAACGGAAUAUUCACCUACGAUGCUAAACAUUCCAAAGAGAUCACCCUUCUAAGUAAAAACUUUGAAAUAGAAAUUAUGAUGGAUAGUAAUGCAUUCCUAAACGAACAUGAUAAAUACUUCUACUUAAAUAAGUAUAACCCUGUACACUUGGAGCUCCAAAAUAAGGGUAUAAUAAAAUAUGAUUUUAUUUACGCCUGGUUAUCUAGCUACUUUAUCGAUAGUCAUAAGUAUAAAUUCUUUUACCCCUCUUUUUAUAUGUCCAAACAGUACGACAAUUUUGAUAAUGGGUUAUAUGGGGUCAAUUUUUACACCCCUCAAAAUUAUAGUUUCUUCGAGAGGGUACAAAGUAGUUAUGCACACUUGGAUAGUGGGAAGGGGGAAACGGAUAGUGAUGUACCACACAAGAAGGUAAGCCAGGGUAUCCCCACAAAGAUCAUUCGUAACGAUAAUAAUUUCUCCUUUUUUGAGCUAAAGACAACUCUACAUAAUGAGAACGUUGGAAAGGGGAGUUCUGGAAAUAUUCCAGGAUAUAAUAGCAACAACGGGAUGGAAGGCGGAAGUAAAGAAGGCAAUUUCGCCUACGGUGCUGACAUGAAUUCGAACCACAUGGGAAGUAAAGGUCCUGAAAAAGAAGGGGGCAAGGAGAAAAAUGCUCAUGAUCCUUCAAAUGCACCUUUAUACCCCCCUGGUAAUAAACAAGGUGCUAACAAUAGGGACUCUAACAUGAAUGCCCAGACAGACAAGAGAGGAAAUGACGUGACACAUAAAAAUGGUAACGUAAAAGAUGCGAAGGGAAAAAAAGGUGCUAAGAAUGAGCCAAGCACAAGUGACACCGGUAGUUCCUAUCUUGGCAGUGUCUUUGGAUACGUGAUGAAAAUAAAAAAUAUCAUUUACGGUGAUGAGGAAGAUGCGUCUACCAGCGAUAGUUCUCAUAAAACUUCUGAUAAGCGCCAAAAUUCGAAGGUGUCACAACAAAGUAAGAACACGAAUAGGAAUCCCAUAUUUUCCAGUUUCACACCGGAUAACGAAAUCGUGCCCUCGAAAAAACCAUCCAAAGAGGACACUCAAAAAGUGAAGGCAACCAACAUAUCGGAGGAAAACGUCCCUCCAGUGGAAGACCAAGCAAAAAAAGAAUCUCCCUCAAUGGAGGAACCGAAGAAACACUCUAAAGAACCAACCACUGAUCAGCCAAUACAGCCCGUUCCAACCAUGCAGCACGAAAAUGAUCAGCCGAAGCCCAAGGAAUUGUCUGUGGAGGGGGUCUCCAAUGUAGCAACAGAUCAAGCAGCCAUGUCGGGAUAUGCGUCCACACCAGAAGAGCAUCCUCCUACAGCAUAUCCUUUCUUUCUAGUACAGGAGCCCAUUCCUGCGCAAACAGCGGAGCCGGCCACCCAAAACACCUUUGACAGAAAAUAUGGCGAAGACAUUGGGGAACAGUUGGAAAGAAAAUCAAAUGAAUAUUCCGACCAAAAUCCGGAAGAAUCAAAUGAAAAAAAGUACGACAAAAAUGGGGAGGACUAUUUUGAAAAAAAAACGGAAGAGCAUUUUGAAAACAAGGAAGAAGAAUCCUUUGAAAAAAAAAUGGAAACUCAAGUGGAGGAAGUGGUAUCCCACAAAAUUUAUGAGGACCCCUCCGACAAAAAAACAGAAGAUAUGAGUAAACUAUAUGAAGAACACAAAUACGAUUCGUUAAUCCCAUUUUUGCAUAAAAUAUUUCAUGAUAAGACACUCCUAUCGGAUAAGUUUCUCAACAGUGACAAUUACGAUAAAGACGAUUCUGAUAAAUCUUCCGUGGAGCGAAGCUCAAGUGAUGAUUCUAAUGAAGAUUCUUCUAGUUUAUACCAUCGAUUUUCCUCCUUACGGCAAAGCAGCAAAAGGUUCGCAGGCAAUUACACCGACACUGAUAACAUACUUGUAGGAGAAAACGUCGAUGAAAAUUUAAAAGACAAAAUUUAUGAACAGCAUGAAAAUUUCCCAAUAUAUGAAGAGAUAUUAAGAAGACACCCAAGUAGAAUAAUUGUGGGAUUGCUCCAAGAGGGGGCACAAAAUAUGUUCAUUCUGGACUGGCUAUAUGGAGAUAACAUUCUAUGCGUACUUAGAUCCAGAUUAUACAAAGAGUUAUAUUACAAUAUGGUACGAAAAAACUAUUUCACAGUUUUGAAUAAAUUUAAAUUUGGAAGAGAUAAGGAAUUGACCAUUCUGUCUAGUGAUCAAAAUGGGGUAACCUUGAGUGCAGAUUUUUAUCCUCAUUUUUCGGCCAUAAAACUCUUUUUUAAUGACAAAAAUAGUGACAACUUUGAGAAUGAACUUAAGUCGUAUCUGUUGAUUAUUCACUAUUUGCUAAAUUCGGAUAGUAGUCCUUGCAAGGAUUACAAAAAUGUUAAAUAUUUUUACACCAGAGAUACGUUCAAUGUGGCUCACUUAAACUUCCUCAGUGACAAACUACUUGCGCUACUCUCCGAGUGUGCCUUGGAAAUUAUGAAUUGGGAUAUCCCCACAGGGAUAAUAAGAAAAAAUGAAAACGAAAUAAAUAGGACAAUUUUCAGUAGAGCCUUAAAAAAUGUGAGCAGAAGUGUACACCACUAUGCGUUCAAAUAUAGAAUGAUAAACGGAAAGGAUGCAGUUAAAUUUGCCAUGAGUAAUAAUACAAUGAUGGAAGAUGAUUACAACGUUAAGUAUGAUUUUUUUCUUAACGUAACGUCUAGACUGUUCUAUUUGCACGCUGUAGGUCUGGUCCAUGGGAACAUCAAGGCAGACAACUUCUUCAUUCAGGAGAGCGAAGAGGAUGAUAAGCAUGUAAAGGUCACUCUAAGUACAUUUAACGACACUGUGGAGGAGGGCGGUUAUGGAAAUUUCAAAGGAAGUGCAAUUUACGCAGCUCCAGAAAAAUUAAAAUCGUACUUCAAUACAAUCGCGUAUAAUUUAAAAAGUGAUGCUUUUGCCAUGGGAUUGAGUUUAGCUACUAUUUUUACCAAAAAAAAUUUUGUCUUGCAAAAGGUGGAAAGGAAGUUAACCUAUCCUACGGAUAAAUACAUCCUCAGUCUCAUUAAGAGGAACCCCAUGGUGUUGCUAUGGAUCAAAUCGGUUAAUCCAUUUUUACGGAAAAGACUAAGUAUAUUUAAAUUUAGAUCCUACUUGAAGGUUAGUGUGCAAGAACUAGAGAGAAGACUUUCCGAAAAAAGUGUCUACAAAUGGUUUAACGACAAAUUUAAAUUUAUUAAUUACGAGGAGGAAGACAACUUGCAUGCUCUUUUUACGAAAGCGGAAGGGAAAAAUUUAUCCGGAUUGAGCAACAACUCGUCCAAAAUGAAAACAGAAGAACAGCACAACGACUUGGACACCUGUUUUUUUCGUUAUACUCAUGCAUCGAACACAGAAAAGGAAGGCGACACGCACUUUCUAAGGGACUCCUACUCCUUUGAUAUGUUCAUGGGAGAAUCUUCAUCUAGUGACGAGAAGGAAGGUUUUUCAUUUUAUCAAUUUCCCAUAGUGAUAAAGCGUAGAGGAGCAUCUACACGGGCAAGAGAACAUAACGAUGAUAAGAACGAUGGUAGUAGCGAUGGUAGCAGUGAGGGUAGCACUGAUGGUAGCAGCGAGGGUACUAGUGAUGGUAGCGGCAAGUUUACUAGCGGGGGUAAAACAGUCCAAAGGAGGAAAUCCUACUUUUCAAGCAUUUCCAAGCACGACUUUGGGGAAAGUUCCAGCGAAACAAAUAGGAAGUUCUGGAAAGGGAAAAAAAGUGAUAAGGAAAAUAUUUACAAAAUACCAUUCGGUAAAUAUUUCCAACACGAAGUGGAUUACUCCUCCCUAGAUGCGCACAAUAGGAAGAAUUAUAUUAACGCAUGUUACCAUUUUAAAAAUGGACUUGUAGGGACUGCCAUGAAGACGCUGUCUAUCGAACGUGAGGCUUAUAGGGCGGACCUAUUUGACAUGUACCUACUUAACAAGGAGAAGUUAACCUAUUUGGAAGACAAAGACGAUAAUGUGAAAAAUUUAAUGUCCAUUUUACAAGGUUUUUCCAGUCCAGAUUGUAAAGUAAUAUUGAACGAGCGAAUAUAUGACAAAUGGUACAGCGUUAGAAAGAUGGUUCUUCUAAAAGCUUUGCUCUUUUAUGGCUACUUUAGCCUCCACGAGAGAUUAUCAUACGAAUUUAAACUAUACGAAUUGCAGAAUUUCCCCCUCAAGGAGGAUAAUAGUGAUACUUUCGAAACAGUUGUGAAGAGAUGCAUGGAGAGGGCACACUUUAAUGAAUUCAGUAACUUACUCUUGGCUCAGUACCUCUAUGAUAAUUACCACGAGGGGAAUCAAUACACGAGCAUAUUCAUAAAUUUCUACGCCGUGAACAAAACUGUGUAUAAUAUAGACACUAAUGGGGUAACUAAUCUGAUGAGGAGGUACAUAAAACAAAGCCUUAGCAAAAUUGACUUCAAAACUGCCGACAAUUUUUUACACUAUAUGAAGAGAAAAGAACUGCACAGGGAUAUAGACGUGAUCGAAUUGGCGCCAGUAAAAAUGGACAAGUCAAAUUAUCUCGACCUGUAUGAACACAAUGUCCCUCUUAUAAAUUCAUUCGUCAUAAAAAUAGACAAAUUUGUAAUCAAAGAUAUGAACAUAAAUUUGGCCGUUCUUCUAAAUAACACCUUUUGGGGGAUGAAAAAUAAGUGUAAGUGCGUCAACUAUACUCAUCUGCAUGUUAGAAGCAGAAGAAGCAACUUACCACAGGGAAAUAUAAGUGGAAAGCAAAUGAUAGAUUUGCACAAACCCGUGGGUACUUUGCUGAGGGAAAUUAUUCCAAACAGUUUUGAGAUGGAAAACAACCCAAAUGAUCUCCUCUCCUGGCGCAAUUUCAAACCGAGCAAUAUCCACCUAGAUGUUGUCCUUCGAAAUAGUUUACACUUAAUAGAUAGAAGUACACUCAUAGCUUGCUCGAAAAGGCUAAGUAAAGUGGCACCUAUAUAUUCGCCAAACAUUACAAGUUCGGACAAAAGCGAAAUGAUGAAUAUUAAAGUGGGACUGGGGUCAUCAAAAUAUUUUUAUUUAUCCUUUAAUAUAUCUUUGCUUAGAUCAAAGGAAAUAAGUUUGAAGGAUCUAAUUUAUUUUAUACACAAAAAUUAUAAGUCGCAACUUGACAAAAAUGUCACGUACAGCAAUGUAGGAGGAAAGAACAGACGGGGGAUUUUCAACUGCCUUGCGGUGAGUGAACAGAACACCUUUUUUUACAAUAACGUCACAGGGAAUCUGAUCAAAGAAACUUCCCUCAAUAGAGUCAUCUCCGCUUUGUACAAUGUUGACCUGAUGGAGCCCUCUUACAUUAUUAAGGCCGCCCUCAAUUAUUACAACAAUAGGGGGAAAAAUUCCGUCUUGUUGAGCCUGGUAACUCUUUGUAAUUCCGUUCGUGAGAGAAGGAAGGGCACUAAUGGGAGGAAGUCGGAAUUCGUUUUGGAACCGUCGGCUGGAGUGUAUUCGGAUGGGGUGGAGCGAACCGGAAACGGAGAACAGGUAGAACUGGAACGGACAGACGCGGAACGAAUAAAUGGGGAACACCAACACGAUGAAACCACAGUUCUUAAACAGACAACUGAUGAGUCCACAUAUGUGGAACCCCAACACAGUGAACCUACAACUGGUGAACACGCACAAGAGGAAAUUACAAAUGUUGGCCCCCCGAAUGAUGAACACAGGCAUGAUGUCCCCCCAGUUGUGCUCUCCCCAAACGAGUCGUCCUUUCUGCAAAGGAAAAAAAAUGUCAUAAAGACAAUCGAUAAGGAUGGUGCCUACCACUACGCAACCGUAGAGUGCCUGCAUUUCUUACACAAAAAGGUCAUCAAUUUUUUCCAUGACAGUAAUGUGACAAAUGCGUUCGAUCAGAUAGCCAUUCCUUCGGAGUACAAAUAUAUAAAUAAAAGGAAGCAGUUAAAAAAUGGCAAUUUCCAGUAUAGUACAAAAACGAUAAAUUUUAACAUCAUUUCCAAUGUGAUGAAUUUGCAACGUUAUGAAAAGGAAUUGUACACCUUGGCCGAUUUUAUGAAUUUAAUUAUACAAUGGUUGGUGGAGCAAGGACCGUUCGAUAUUAAAAAUAAAUGCAACUUUUUAUCUUGUAGUAACCACAGAUCACAAUUCGGGAUGGUCUUAAGCAUAACCACAGAAAAGGGAGUCAAACAUGUUCUAUACAAAAAUGAUGAAGGUCUCAUGAAAUUUCUCUUUUAUGAUAUAUUGAAAGAUCACCAGUCAAGGCGUUACUCCCCCGAGCUUAUAGCAUCCGCAAUUAAGUUAUACAAUUUGAAGGUGACCUUUUUUUUAAGGCAUGAAAUUGGCGGUAUAUUUCCAGACCUCCAAAGUUUGGUUAACCCUCUGGAAGAGAUGACCCCCCUUCCCCCAUUCACCGACUGCCUAAAACAGUUAAAGGGGAAAAAUGUGACCCUGUAUGGGGACGAAGCAAACCAAGGAAUGUACGUCUCCUUCAUAUUAGAAUUUGUAAAUAAAAACAUUAUGUACAGAAUGUCGAAGAAUACGUUUAACAAAAUAAUAUACUACUUUAAUGACCAGGAAGUGAGCAAGAAUGAGCAGUCAAAUUUACAAAAACAUGUUUUGUCAUCUAUCCCCGAAAUUGAGGACAAAUUUCGGCAUGUAUUUUUAAGAGAGCUAAGUUACUAUGUCAACAUCCCCACUGAGUUAAAAAAAGGAAACAAAUCAUUUUCGGUUACCAUGAAUGCAAAGUUUUACGAAAUAUUACGUCAGAAAUGUAACAUGCCUGAACGAAACUGCUUCUACGAUGUUGAGGAAGUUCUUAGCAACGUUAACGGAACGUUUACGGAACCCGUUUUUUUUGUUAAAAAUGUCAUGAACUUUUUCCUGAGAAGAAAAAUCCGUGCUGUUUUAAGCAGAAUAAAGCACACCAUAGUUAGUUAG